CCUCGCUGUAGUAGGAUUCGCGAUGUCUCUCUCCGGAUGUGUUCAUCGCAGGCGGUAGUGAUCCAGCAGCAGCGGCAGCAGUAGCAGCAGCAGCGGAGGUGAGCGAGUGAGAGCGACUCUCUCAGCAGCAUCAUGGCGGAGCAGAGCGACUCCCCGGCGGCCGUCCAAACCCCGCAGCCGGCGCUCACCACCAGCUGGCCCAUUGUCAAGGAGGCGUACGAGCUCCAGGAGGUGAUCGGUAGCGGAGCCACAGCAGUCGUCCAGGCAGCGCUUUGUAGCCCUCGACAGGAGCGUGUGGCCAUCAAGAGAAUCAACCUGGAGAAAUGCCAGACCAGCAUGGAUGAGCUGUUGAAAGAGAUUCAAGCCAUGAGCCAGUGUUACCAUCCCAACGUGGUCACCUACUACACUUCAUUUGUUGUGAAAGAUGAACUUUGGCUGGUCAUGAAGCUCCUGAGUGGAGGAUCAGUGUUAGACAUCAUAAAGCACUCAUUCAGCAAAGGAGAGCAUAAAAACGGUGUCCUAGAUGAAUCUACAAUAGCAACCAUAUUGAAGGAAGUCCUGGAGGGAUUAGAUUAUCUACACAAAAAUGGACAGAUUCACAGGGACGUGAAGGCUGGUAAUAUUCUACUGGGAGAAGAUGGAUCGGUGCAGAUCGCAGAUUUUGGUGUGAGUGCUUUUCUGGCCACUGGUGGAGAUGUCACUAGACACAAAGUGAGGAAAACGUUCGUGGGGACCCCGUGCUGGAUGGCUCCAGAGGUGAUGGAGCAGGUGCGGGGUUACGACUUCAAAGCUGACAUUUGGAGUUUCGGAAUCACUGCCAUUGAACUGGCGACAGGCUCUGCGCCGUAUCAUCGCUACCCCCCUAUGAAGGUUUUAAUGCUCACGCUGCAGAACGAUCCUCCAACCUUGGAGACUGGGGUUGAGGACAAAGAGAUGCUUAAGAAGUAUGGGAAAUCUUUUAGAAAACUUAUAUCCUUGUGCCUUCAGAAGGACCCUGCCAAGAGGCCCACUGCAGCCGAGCUUUUGAAAUGUAAAUUUUUCCAAAAGGCUAAGAAUCGAGAGUACUUGAAUGAAAAGCUGCUUAGUAAAGGACCAAAUAUAAGCCAAAGAGCCAAAAAGGAUCCCGAGCAGAGGAAUCAGCACACAGAGGAUGCUGGGAAACGGGUCAGAAGGGUUCCAGGGUCGAGUGGUCAUCUGCACAAGACCGAGGAUGGAGACUGGGAGUGGAGUGAUGACGAAAUGGACGCGAUAAGUGAGGAGGGGAAGGCUGCUGUCAAUCACGGAAGGUCACGCAGGGUCAAAGACGAAAACCAGCAUGGUGAAGUGAACGCUAACAGUCUCCCGCUAGAGGACCUGUCCAUUCAGCAUCCCCAGGUUCAACCGUUGGAGAAACCCUCGAGCGCUCAGGGAGCGGUGAACAUGGUCCUGAGGUUAAGGAACUCAAAGAAGGAGCUGAAUGACAUACGGUUUGAAUUCACUCCAGGGCAAGACACUGCUGAUGGAGUUUCUCAGGAGCUCUUCUCUGCUGGUCUGGUCAAUGGUCAUGAUGUGGUUGUGGUGGCUGCUAACCUACAGAAGAUUGUAGAAGACCCAAUUACCUAUAAAGUAUUGACCUUUAAGUUGGCGUCUGGUUGUGACAGCACAGAGAUCCCAGACGAGGUGAAGUUGAUUGGCUUCGCCCAGCUGAGCGUCACCUGAUAGCAUCUCAUUACCACAGCAGAAGGAGAGCAUUCAAAACUCCCACCUCCUGCUCCCAGUCAGGUUUUCCUUUUCCUCCCGAAUCACCUGCCCUCUUCCGUGAAUGUUUGCACCUGUUCAAUCAAACGCAGCGCUCUUAUUCAAACACACACUCGCCCUCGUUCCCAGACGCUGUUUACCUUUCACCAAAACAUUCCAGCAGCCAUUUCCCAGAAUUCAAAGCAGGAGCCCAUCAUCUCAGGAGGCAAUAGCUAGUGAAACAAAAAGUUUUUAUUUUAUUUUAAUUAUUAUUAUAAUUAUCAUUGUUAUUGUGUUAGCUCUUACCGUAUUGUUAUUAUUGAAAAAAAUGCCUUUUAUUUCUCACAAGAGUAGCGCAGAUCGUACACCACAAAACUGAAGUGGAGACGUCUCCCUCUGAAUGUAAAAAGCACAUUUUCAUUCUGAAUGUUAAUGCAUUCGAACUGUAUUGUACAUAGACCUUCUGAUGUCUAAAAUAAGGGAAUAUUUUGUUGUUUUAGUUCCAGCUCAAAGAGUACGAGAGCAGAGAGCCGGAUGCUGCCGUGUGCAAACGUACUGCUUUCUUUUUUCGGGACAGUGUUGAUGCUUCGACGCUAGAGGUGCCUUGUUUUUUUUAAUCCGUGCCUAAGAAGCGUAGGUUACAGGCUUUAAGCCGUUUGGCUGACGCUGAGCGGGAAGAACGCUGCUCGUCGUCAGAUUCGCUCAUAGUAUUCUCAGCUGAUGCACUUUGAUUUCAUGCGGUGCGAUGUACGUGCACCUGCGACGCUUACACCCUAACUCUCCACGUUUAACCCGUUAAAGCUGACAAACAAGGUCAUCGCUACCACAACACACACCUUAAUCCUGAUGUAUCGUGUUCACAAGACGAGCGAUGGUCACACGGCAUUUUCACAGCACUCGAAUGUGUCUGUUUUUGAGCCCAGAAUGCAUCUGUCUAUCAGCGAACGUGAAGUAUUUCGUAAAGGAAUCCAAAUGUCUACUACUGAAUGACAGAAAAGCCAUCUGUGUGUCCAAAACCAGUAUAGUAGCUUGAAUUAAAUGAUUCUGUUCUCAGCCCAAAUGUAAAUAAAUACUAAAUACUUUAUUAUUAUUAAGUUGAAUUGUGUUUUCUAUAUACCAUGCGUGUUCCCUCCCUUACUAUUCAGCCCUUCUGUAAUCAGCAAAGAUAUAAACGUUCUGCGAAGGUACAACAAAUAAAACUGAAUUGC